AUGGACCUGCAAAAUCAGACCACAGUAACAGAGUUUACCUUGACUGCUUUCCCUGCUCUCCAGAAGCUUCAGAUUUCCCUCUUUGUAGUUCUCUUGUUUAUUUACAUGCUUACUCUGACAGGAAAUAUUGUCAUCAUUUCCCUUAUAUGGGCUGAUUCUCACUUUCAAACUCCAAUGUACUUUUUCCUUGGCAAUUUGUCCUUUUUAGACAUUAUGUAUACUACUUCAGUUACUCCAAAGCUAUUAGCCUGUCUCCUAGAAGAGAAGAAAACUAUCUCUUUUGCUGGAUGCAUCACUCAGACAUACUUCUUUUUUUUCCUCGGGACAGUGGAGUUCAUCCUCUUGGCUGUCAUGUCCUUUGACCGCUAUGUGGCCAUCUGUAACCCCCUGCGAUACACCAUCAUCAUGAACAGUAGAGUCUGCCUCCUCCUGGUUCUGGGAUGCUGGGUGGGAGCCUUCCUGUCAGUUCUGUGUCCCACUAUCAUAGUGUCCAGGUUACCUUUCUGUUAUAAAGAAAUUAGACACUUCUUCUGUGACAUUGCCCCUCUGUUACAGGUGGCCUGUAUUGAUACUCAUUUCAUUGAGAAGAUAAACUUCCUCUUAUCUUCUUUCAUACUUCUGACCUCACUGGUGCUCACCACUGUGUCUUACAUCUACAUCAUUACAACCAUCUUACGCAUCCCCUCAGCACAAGGACGUCAGAAGGCCUUUUCCACCUGUGCUUCUCACAUCACAGUCGUCUCCAUUGCCUAUGGAAGCAAUAUCUUCAUGUAUGUGAGGCCCAGCCAGAGCCAUUCACUGGAUUUUGACAAAGUGACUGCUGUUCUCACCACAAUGGUUACACCUCUGCUAAAUCCCUUCAUUUACAGCUUGAGGAAUGAAAAGGUAAAGGAAGUUUUAAGAGAAACAAUCAGCAGGCUUAUGUUGUUAUUGCACAAAAAAACUUGA